CAUUUCCUGUUUGUGCUCCCGUUGAGUCGCUAGACGGAGGCCUAUCCGCGACACAAGCACCUCCGUAAAACCACACACAGACCUACGACGAGGGUGAGGGUUUAAAGAGCUGAACGCGUCGGAUAAACCCCGUGGGAUGUGUUUGAGCGUCCCUGCUCGUGUUUUGGGCGCUUGAGGGGGAGUUUGUGAGCAUAAUCUGGCGAUUGGGUGUUGUUAUUUUUGGGGCAGCUGAGUGGUCAUUGGCAGAGUUCAAUACACACCAGCUCGCGAGAGGAAAAAACUCACACUUUACACCUCUAAACGCGUUGUUUUCACUCGGCUACAUGGACUUUUGAGGAUUUUACACAGCAUUUUACCCACCCGACCUAGGAAAACACAAGUGGAGGUGAGUUCAGCUCUGUGGUACCAAAGGCCCGCUUGACCCGAGACUUGGCACUCCCCCUCCCCCAAUCUCCCUGCCGCCCUGCACCCCACACAGCCCAUAACCCAGUAUGAACGAGGUCAGCGUCGUCAGGGAGGGCUGGCUCCACAAGAGAGGUGAAUACAUUAAGACUUGGAGGCCCCGAUAUUUCAUCUUAAAGAGUGAUGGCUCUUUCAUUGGCUAUAAGGAGAAGCCCGACACGUCAGACCACAGUCAGCCGCCUCUCAACAACUUCUCAGUCGCCGAGUGUCAGCUGAUGAAGACUGAAAGACCUCGGCCGAACACAUUUGUCAUCCGCUGCCUGCAGUGGACCACUGUUAUCGAGCGCACCUUCCACGUGGACAGCAAUGCUGAGAGAGAGGAGUGGAUACGUGCCAUCCAGGCUGUGGCCAAUGGACUUAAGUCACAGGAAGAGGAGGAGCCAAUGGAAUUUGGUUCUCCUGGAGACAACAGCUUGGAGGGGAUUGAAGCUGCCAUCGCAAAGUCCCGCACCAAAGUGACAAUGAGUGAUUUUGACUACCUAAAACUGCUGGGUAAAGGCACAUUUGGGAAGGUGAUUCUGGUGAGGGAAAAGGCCACUGGCAUGUACUAUGCUAUGAAGAUCCUACGCAAGGAAGUCAUCAUCGCUAAGGAUGAAGUCGCACACACAAUCACAGAGAGCCGAGUCUUGCAGAGCACGCGGCACCCUUUCCUUACGACACUAAAAUAUGCCUUCCAAACACGUGACCGGCUGUGUUUCGUCAUGGAGUACGCGAAUGGUGGCGAGCUGUUCUUUCACCUGUCACGAGAGCGUGUGUUUACGGAAGACAGAGCUCGCUUCUAUGGAGCUGAAAUCGUUUCAGCGUUGGAAUAUCUGCACUCUAAAGAUGUCGUCUACAGGGACCUAAAGCUGGAGAAUCUAAUGCUGGAUAAAGAUGGUCACAUUAAAAUCACAGACUUUGGCCUGUGUAAAGAGGGCAUUACUAAUGAGGCCACCAUGAAGACGUUCUGUGGGACCCCAGAGUAUCUUGCCCCUGAGGUAUUAGAAGACAAUGAUUACGGUCGUGCCGUGGAUUGGUGGGGUCUUGGAGUGGUCAUGUAUGAAAUGAUGUGCGGUCGGCUGCCGUUCUAUAAUCAGGACCACGAGCGUCUGUUCGAGCUCAUUUUAAUGGAGGAGAUUCGUUUUCCCAGAAAUCUCUCGCCUGAGGCCAAAGCCCUGCUGGCUGGCCUGCUCAAGAAAGACCCUAAACAGAGGCUCGGUGGAAGUCCUGAUGAUGCCAAAGAAGUGAUGACACACAAGUUCUUCAGUUCCAUCAACUGGCAAGAUGUCCUUCAAAAGAAGCUCAUCCCUCCUUUCAAGCCACAAGUGACCUCGGAGACGGACACGCGCUACUUUGACGACGAGUUCACUGCGCAGACCAUCACUGUCACGCCUCCUGACCAAUAUGACAGUCUCGAUGCGGAGGACCCAGACACACGCACACACUUCUCGCAGUUCUCCUACUCGGCCAGCGUGCGGGAGUGAUCAUCCUCUCCCACUCUCUCACCCUUACCAGCAAAGCAGACGCCCCUCCCAUACACACACAAACAAGGACACAUGCACCAGCAUGUCCCGGCCUCCUAAAGGAGCGGCUUCUAGGCGGGACUACAGCAUCUGUGAGCGUCCUGAACAGGUGGUACCUUCUGGCCAGUCCUGGUUUCCGAUUGGCUUUUCAACACGCCAGUCAUAGCCUGACACUACACACUGCAACACAAUCCACCAAAUACAUCAAAAAACCAUCCAACCAAUCAGGUACCAAGAAGAGAACGGUUCGCCACCAGCAGGUUUCAGGACACGCACACACUCAAAACACUGGACUACAGGACAAAACCCCUCAACUGUUCCACACACUAAAUCAGCUCAUGGGAACUCGCGAAAUCGAAUCAUUCGGACGUUUUCCCACAGAUGGUCACAGUUUUAAAGCCAUAUUUCUGCAAUCGUACAAGUGCUCUUUCUGGAACUAGCUGUUACCAAUAGUGUUAACUGUUUUUACAGCAGGAGUACUGAUGGUGGGUAACACGGAAAGGAUAAAGUGCUGUUUAGCUGCCCGGGCGGCACGUGGAAUGCUGGGCGUGCGUGUGAAUCUGCGUGAAUGUGUGAAUGGAUGCGUGUUCUCUAUCUCCAUCUUAAACCGUGUGUCUUUUCGUGUUUUGGUUUUGUACAUGGGCAUAGGGAGUAGAACGGGGGGUGGGAUCGAUCAUGGUUUCAUGGGGGAACUCGCACACUAUAGAAGUGAUAACGUUUGUGUUUUAAAGGGAAGAGAGAGAAAGACAGCUGGAGCUUGUAAAUAGGGAGGCCAUGGUUUCCUCCCCAAACCGGGAAUGUUCUGGAGGGGCAUUUUCCAGUUUUAACCCGCUGCCCCAGGGGGCUGUUUGUUUCAAGAUUAGCGUAUCAUACAAACCGGCCAUCAUGUUGUCGUCAUCCCCUCUACAGUUUCGCAGGCAUUGAUGCUGAGAUUUGAACGUCCUGUUAUUUAACAGCAAAAGCUACUGGGUUAGCACGCUGACCGGUGAGUAAUAAACCCACCCCCUAUAGCAAACUGUGGAAACCUGAAGCAUGUCCCAGCGUGCUACGCCAUAUUCAUCGCAGCCUUUUCAUUUCUCCUUUUUUCAUUAGUGUAGUACAAAAUGUGUAGGAUGUUUGAGAGGAAAUGUUCAACUUCAUCUCCAGAUGUGUAACGUUUGUGUCAUUCUUUGGACAGCAGCUGUCAGAGCACACCGCUUUGUGUGAGUUGCUUUUCUUCAUUUGCCUUUUUAAAGAUGCUUUAUGUAAGCAACAUCAAACUGUUUCGUUUCGUUUUUGUUUUAUUCAUUAUUUUAUUGGAUCAUUUGUUAUUUGUUCUUCCUUUGUCCACUUCAACCUGAAAUUAAAUUGUCUUGAUAAAAUAUAAAUAUAUAUAUAUAAAAAU